UGGCUCAAAAGACCUCCACGGCCUCCACGACCGGCCUUUCCAAGAAAAGCCAGGGUCGAUGGCCAUGGAAGUGGAGAAGAUUCAGGUGAUGGUGCAGAAGAUGUCGGGUGAGGUCCUCGAAGCCAAAGUCAGCCCCGAGGACACCGUGCGGGAACUGCAGCCACGCAUCGCUGAAGAAUUGGGAGUGCCGGUGCUGUGUCAACAGCUGUGGAUCAACAAUGUCACACCACAAAUCGUAGAGAAGACGCUGCCGGUGAUGUGCAAUCAAGUAUCCGAAACCAUCCAGCCGAUCACCAACAAAGACAUCGCUGAGAUGAAGGCCAUGAUGCGACCGCCUCCCAUCUGCGUGGACGUGCUGUGCGUGGUGAUGCACCUCCUUGGCUUCAAAAGGCGCGGGAACGACUACCAGGCCAAAUGGAAGGAUUGUCGGAAGAUGAUGGCCAAUGCGAGCCACUUCCGGACUUCGCUGACGGACUGGCCGAACGAUGUUCGGAACGUUCCAGAGAAACAGGUGAGAGAAGCGCAAAAGGUCAUUGAUGAGGUCGGUGAAUUGUACAAUCGAGAGCACUUCAUGAAGAUGUCGAUUGCCUGUGUAUAUUUCUGCGAUUGGACUCUCAGCGCCUUGAAACUGUAUCGUGCAGUGCAUUCGACAGGACAGGUCACCUCCCUCCGCCUCGAUGGCCCUGAGACCCGUCCUCCUCUCAACAUCUACUUGGAGGAAGGUGCCUCUUCCUUGUUGAUCUCCUUGGUAGUGGACUUUGAGACGGUCUUUGCUUAUGCGAAGAGUUAUGAUGCCAAAAAGGUCCUUGAAGCCUUAGAGGCGUUCAAGGUGAUUGCCCCCAAAUGCACGGAGAGGUGUGUGCCAGCGCUCUGCAAAUGCCUUCGUUCAGAUGAUCAGGAACGAAUCGCUGCCAUCGAAUGCAUAAAAACGGCAUUCCAACCUGAUGAUGACUUGGCGGGCGCCUUCGCCGAAGCCCUGGGCGCAGCGCACUUCACGGAGCACGGAACUGAGGAGGCGGUGGAGGCCUUGGAAUAUUUGGGGCCUCAGAAUCCCGCAGCGCUGCGAUGCAUCAUCGCUGGCCUGAACGCUAAGAGCCAGAUGCUGGAUGAGUUCCUCAUGCUCCGACGACGCAGGAUGAAGAAGAAGCGCGCUCCGGUGGAGGAGGAAGAGGUUGACACUGACAAGAAUGACGCAGAGAAGGAGAUGCGCCAGCGCUGCUUGGAGAUCUUCAAGCAGAUUGAAGCAAAACUUUCUGCUGCAGAGGUGAUCGACACCCUCUUGAAGGAGAUUCUUCUGGCAACACAUAAUCCAGUUGGAGGAACUCCAAGCAGUGGUGUGCAACAAGAAGCCGUCAUGGCCUUCAUGGUUGCCAGCAAGAGAGAUGAAGAUUAUGCCAUGGCUCGGAUUCGGGAGCGCUUGAAUCCUGAGGCCCCAGAGGCGUUUGGAGAGCAGCUUCAACAGAUCAAAGCGCGCUGUGCCUUCUUAUCAAUCGCUGUGGCUUCAAAGGAUGAUGAGAAGCUGCUCGAAGCUUUUCACGGCUGUUUGAACGAUGAUCAGCUACGUGGGCCAGAGCUGCAGGCUGUGGCCGAGUGCUUUUCGGAGCUCUCCAGCGGGCCCAAUCCUUUCGUGCAGUCACUCUUGCAGCAACUCGUUCUGUGGGAUACCAAAAAGGCGGAGGUGAUUCGAGUCAUCAUGAAGAUUGCGCCCAAGGAUGAUAGUCGUGUGAUCGAGGCCAUGCAGCGGUAUUGCCGCGAAGCCGAGCGCAUUAUCCUGGACGAGGGUCCAGGUAUCUUGAAGAUGGCAGCAGAAUGCUUGAACCACGUUGUCACAGACAAGUCCAUCUAUGAGAAAGGAAUCACCCCUGCAAUUGAUGCGCUCAUUCGAAAAUGCACUCGCUCCAACUUGGCCCAGAGAGAUGCCUCCCAGAUGCCACUCAUGUUGCAGACCCAAGAGUGCCGACUGCGGAGCCAGACCGAAUUCUUUCUUAUCCUUCUUGUUACUAGUAAUUAGCGAUGGCCUCCAACCUAGUAGCUUCUUGCUACUAAAUUCCACCAGGUGGAAGCUUUUGUUCGAAGGCUAUGCGGCUAUUCCUGCUCGAUGCAGCGAACAUGUGCGAAUGGAAGCCAUUCAGGGUGGUGUGCUCCUGCAACACCACAACCUGUCAAUGGCAACCUGCACUUGGUUUCUGUUCAUCUACUUGAUUUUCUCUCUAAGUUCUUCUUCUCCUUCUUCUUCUAUAUAUUAUAAUGCAUAAAUUAACGUUGAUGUGCACCUUCCCUGUACUUCGCGGGGGUCUUCACAAGUUCCCUUCCGCGCCCCUCCCGGGCGGGAUGGCGCAAAUCGAAGUGAACACCACCGGCUUGCAAAGGAAACUGGUCAUUGAAGGGGCCAUCCAAGGGGCCAUGCCAUCCACAUAACCAUGAUAAUUCCAGGGAGUGUAGAUUUGCAAGCACCGCUCACUUGACGUGGUUGCACCGGGAUUUCCCUGUAUGAAGGUGCAGAACCUGAAAAAAGGAUCCUGAAAUGAUAGGUUGCGGUCGCCUGAGUGACUCUUAGUGGACGUUUGGGUGACACUGAUCCAUGGCUGAUUAGGACAUAGCUGUGGGUAACAAACAGGAUACCUUGAUUGACCUACCGGCCAUACUUGCGAUUGUUUGAGCGCGCGCCCCACAGACCUUCAGCUCAGCUGGGUUCUGGGUGUGAGUGGUACAUAGCCCUUCACAGAAACACACUAUAUGCACGUAAAGCUACUGUACAAGUGAGACUGAAUAUCCGUGCGGCAGGAAAGAAGGCAAAGUCAGGACAUCAAGAUCUCAAUUACGGUAUUGGCACGGUAAGCGACACAGAAAAUUGGUCGUACGAUAAACUGUCACUGCUGGAAUGGGUUUAAAAUAUGCUUGCGUGUGCAUCAUCGGGCUUGAUCCAUCAGGAUGGUAAGGUGGUUUACACUGGAGAUCCAAUGUGUAUCGAUUCAAAGUCUUGUCGACCAAAGACCAGUUGGGACUUCAGGACGUAAUGGGAAGCCUCCAGUGUAUGUCCGGCCCCAAAAUUGGUUGGAGCCUGUUUUGCUUUGGUCAGGGAUAAUUUUCUCGGUCAAGAACCCUUGCAAAUAUUGCACGAUACUGCGCAAGACAUCGGAUUGUUCACGCAAGGACUUGAGUUUUUUGGGAAGGGCCAAAACUUUGGGAUCGAGCCCCUGAUGUGGUCGUGCCCGCUGUCCUUCGACCAAGUUAAUCCAUGUGGGCAGUUGAAGACCUGUGUUGACCCUGAAAGCGAUUGCAAGCUCAUGCCAAGGACAUGGUAUUGACCUACCUGGGAGGUCAAGCUACAUGGUGUUGGGGCUCCAGGUUUUGACACAUCCCCACAUGGCAUUCGACUGCUGGAGAACAAUUUUACACACCCUCAAAUGUGUAGAGAAUGAGUGAGUGUGUGUGUGUGUGCGCGUGCACAAGCCCCAUGGAUCAGGAAAGAUUGCUGCGAUCUCUUGCUGCUCCUUGCCAAGGAGAGAGGAGGUGCAACAGAUCCUGUGCAUGCAAGCGUGUACUCAUCUGAUCUGGCUGGGUUGGACCCCAAAUUGCCGCAAAUCUGCAGCAACGUGAACCCUCCGGUGAACCCCGGGCUUAGCUUUUAGGGUAUUCUUUCUCUUGGGUUUCUAUUCUCCCAGCAAGGUUUGACCUUGAACUGAAACAACUCCUCCAGGCGAUGCCAGGAGUCAUCAGUGUGUUUUGCAUAUUUUGCAUCGUCACGUCCAAGACGUCGUCGUACGUGGUCAUGUAUCAGGAGGAAUCAUGUAUGUGGUCAUCGCCAUUAGGUUGGAGGCCAUCGCUAUGAUCCUCAAACGGGGCUCAAGUUGUUGCUACCUGUCACGUGUGCUGGGCAAUGAUGCUGAAGAUGGGGCCACCGGCGAGCGCA